AACAGACACAAAGCACAACUUUCCGUCAUGUCCUGCGAGUGCGAAAUCAGGUUUGAAUUCGCACCGAGAUAACUAUUAUCGUGAUAAUAUCUGCAAGAUUUUCAAAUUCAUUAAUGAUAAUCUAGGACGACCUUUCAAAAAUAUCAACGAAGGCAGAGUUUACCCUUCAGUGGUGACAUAGGUUUCAUCCGCGUGUCCCGGAAGUUCUCUGGGCUUUUGGUGACGCUGCAUUAGGCGACAUGGCUUCACUCCGAUUGUUCACACUGUUGGUGCUGUCCUUGGUUCUUGGGACUCAGGCUCUGACCCCGUCUCAUCAUCUGACUCCCACCGAUGUGGCUAGACUGCAGGCUGCAUUAAGCCAGCCCCUCACUGACCUAAAAUCUGCUUAUUACUCUGUUGUCGGUCUGAGCAAGCUGGGCAUCUCCACUGCUGAUGCAGAUGAGACAUGCAAGUUUAUCAAGUCAAACUUGGACACCUCUAGCAUUGAGUCCCUGUUUUACGCAGCCGAGGCUAGCCAAACUCUCUCUGGAUGUGAGAUUCCAGUGUCAAACGAGACACGUGAUUUGCUGUUGGCGGCUGUGAGUGAAGACUCCACAGCGUCUCAGAUCCAUCAGUCUGUGAGUGCUCUCAGCUCGCUUGGGCUGCCUCUGGCCUCACAGGAGGUGGUCAGUGCCCUGAAAGCUCGCAUCUCCAAAGAGGACAAUGUCUUGACAAUCAUACUAGCACUGCAGACUGCGUCUCGUCUUUCUCAGCAGGCUGACCUUGGAGAUAUCCUGGAAGAAAUAGAGGAUCUGGCUGCACGUUUGGAUGAUCUGGGUGGAGUGUAUCUUCAGUUUGAGGAGGGUCUGGAGGCCACAGCAUUGUUUGUUUCUGCCACUUACGCUCUGUCUGAUCAUGUGGACAUAGAGCCUCCACUGAAAGAGCAUCAGGUAAUCCAGCUGGUGAACUCCAUUUUCAGUAAGAAAUCUUGGGAAACUCUGUCAGAAGCGUUCAGCGUGGCCUGUGCGGCUGCAGCGCUCUCCAACAAUCACUUCCACGUGCCCGUCAUCGUCAGUUCAAAGGGCCCUGCUGCUGUGUCCCAAAGCCAGCCCCUUCUGCAGCUUCAGUUGACAGAUAUUCUGUGCCAACCACUCAGUUCAGCCAGUGUGCUGGUGGAGUCAGCCAGUGCUGUGGCCACAAAAUCUGCCAUCCUCAGCCAAGCACCCUUCACCCUCAGAGAUGGGGUUUUUGAGCUGAAUUUCAUAGCAAGCCAGCCUGCAAGUGGCUACUAUCAGUUCUCUGUUGCUAUCACGGGAGACAGCCGAUUUGUCGGCAACCAUGUUGAGCUGAAAGUGAAGGUCUCGACCAGGGUCGCCAUCAACAAUAUGGACUUGUCUAUGGUGGAUAAGGACCAGAGCAUUGGCCCCAAAACCACCAGAGUGGAAUAUCCAAAUAAAGCCAAGGCGUCCUUUAUGGCCGACAGCCAUCAGAACUUUGCCAUGACAUUCCAGUUAGUUGACGAGACCACAGGAGUUGAACUCACCCCUCACCAGACGUUUGUGAGAUUGCACAACCAGAAGACAGGACAGGAGGUGGUGUUUGUGGCUGAGCCCGACAGUAAGAACCUGUAUAAGUUUGAGUUGGACACAGCUGAGAGGAAGACUGAGUUUAACUCCAUCUCUGGCACCUAUGCUCUUUACUUGAUGGUGGGAGACGCUACGCUGGAGAACCCCAUCUUAUGGAACGUGGCUGAUGUUGUGCUCAAGUUUCUGGAUGAAGAGGCACCUUCAACAAUUCAAGCCAAAACUUUGUAUAUACCCAAACCAGAAAUUCAGCAUCUGUUCAGAGAGCCAGAGAAGAAGCCUCCUACAGUUGUGUCCAACGCAUUUACCGCCCUCGUCCUUUCCCCAUUUUUGUUGCUCCUCAUUCUGUGGUUUAAACUGGGAGCCAAUAUCUCAAACUUCACUCUGUCUCCUAGCACUGUUCUCUUCCACAUAGGCCAUGCAGCUAUGCUGGGACUUAUGUAUGUGUACUGGACUCACUUAAACAUGUUCCAGACUCUGAAGUAUCUGGCUAUCAUAGGCAGUCUCACAUUCCUGGCUGGGAACCGCAUGCUGGCACAGAAAGCUGUGAAAAGGAUCGCUGCCGAACAAAGUAGUAGGUUGGCAAAGUAUAGGAGUCUGCGGUAAAUGCCUGUAUGUUAUUAAAAAAGGCCAGUCUUCAAGGCUAAAACUCGAAAGAAAAUGAUGUUGGAGAAAUCAUCUGAAAAAGACUAUGGAUGCUUCAUAUUCAUGUUUGUCUUUAAGAAAUCCUGGAAUGGAAGUGUUGGUGGAGGUUAAAAAAGAAACAAAAGUGCAGGCUAAACUAUCCUGAAUCAGUUCCAAAAAUGCAGAAUUUAGAAAAUUCAUUAAGAAACAUACAGUUUGGCUUUUUUUCACAUUUAUUUGAAAAUGCACUGUAAGAUAAAUUUGAUACAUUGAGGAUAUAUGAUGAUUGUUUCUUGUACAGUGAGUUGUUUUUGGUGUUAAUCCUAAUGACAGUCUGUGCUGUUCAUCUACGGUUGUGUUUUGGUUUUUGUUGUUUUUGAAUGCAAAUUCCUAUCCUCAGAUUUUUUUUUUUUUUU